AUAAAAUUUCCAGCUGUAUUAGUGCCCAAUUUUGUUAUUUUCAACCUUUUUUCCACUCAAUAUAGUUGCAUCUCUGAGAGUACCGAUGGCCGAACGGCUUAGCACGUUGGAGUUUGGAGCUGAGUUAAGUAUAGCACAGAUUCAAAUUCUGUCUGUGAUCAUAGAACUUUUUAUCAGUACCUUGUAAUGUGUUGACUUUCCCUUACUCUCCCUAAGAAGCCCUAGCACAGGCCAGUGAGUAUGGGUAGAAUAAGGCGUAAAAGGGAAAUGGGGAUGAAAUCAUUAAGCAACAAUUUCAUCAUUAACUUUUUGAAUAUUCUUUUUCAAAACUCAUUUACAACGUUGUUCCAAAACUCUUUUCAAAUAUUAUUUCCAUAGCUAGUCAGGGUGUCUGGCUUAAUAAUAUCUGCAUUGUUACAAUUCUCUGUUGGGCAACAACAUGAUUUUGAUAGAGGACAUUUGUGUCUUUGUUGUAUAUAUAAGAGUUCUGCAUGGUUUUUCAUGUCCGGGCAUGCAGCAAAAUAUCAGACCAAUUACAGCAUCGUAAAGAGAGCCACACACCACGAUUCCUGUCAGUAACUUUCAAGGUCGUGGAAGAUUGCGUGUCACCACACAAUACAAGAAGAGGAUAUCAGUGAUUUGGUUAACCCUGCCAUUACCCCAGGACUCUAUUUAUAUAGGAACACUUAACCACGAUACAUAUUUCAUCAUGGCAUCCACGAGGAUUGCAGUUGUCUCGCUGUUUCCGUUGGUGUUGCUGUCUGCAACCUGGGCAACAGAGGAUAUCUGUGCCAAUGUCAAGGUCACACCUAAGAUGACUUCAUCGGCAAGUGGCAGAUGGUAUCUAAUCGCUUCCAAGAAGCAAGAGAUGUUGGAUAAUGAAAAGAUUAAGUCCAUGAUGCCAAAGUGUGGAGGAAUAAACAACGCUUUGCCAUGCUCAUGUACAGUGUUCGACAUAAAAUCCAACGUAUCAGAAAUGGUACCAGAAUAUAAUGUAACCAGUCUAUCAUACAAUAUGACGUCUGAAAAAUACGACACUAUGCCAUUUACAAUGAGGCUGGCUGAAAACACUUCCAACACAGCUAUUUUUGACGCAACACCACAAGAAGUUGGUGAGAAGAGAAUCAUUAAAUACCUUGCUUCAGACAACCAUCAGACGUUCAUGUUGUGGUUGAUCUGCAGUGUAUCAGGUGAAGGACUGGACUUAUGGUUCCUUUCAAGAACCGUAAACGCAACUAAUGAAAGUAUGGAGGAAGUCAACAAAGCACUGAAGAACAACAACUUGACCAUGUCUCUGCUCUUUCCUGUUAUACAAACCAACUGCGUCUAUGCGCCAGGACCUGGAGUCAAGACCAGACAAACUGACAAAUAUAGGGUCUUCUAGAUGCAACUUGUGUGUCUAUGCAUUUAGUAACAAUCAAUAGUGAAUAAAAGGCUUAAAUAUCAUGGUUUUUAUUCAGAGUUAGACAGCAGGGAAUUCAUGAAAGGGAGGAAGUAUAACAUUUCGUAGUUACUACUAGCUUCAGUGACAAAUAACACAGUUGUAUGUUCAAUGGCUGUAUAUCCUACAAUAUUUUAAAUAUAUCAUAUGCUGGUGUAUAAUAAAGAUUCCAUGUGCAGUAAA